GACCCGCCAUCAGGAUAGUGGCCAAGAGUCCCCCGGAGCCCGCUGAGCCGCCGACAAUGGACGAGGCUGCUAUCGCCCAGCUGGUGGCCAGCAGCCUGGAGGCGCGCGAGCAGGCGUACUGUGCCUACAGCCAGUUCGCCGUGGGCGCGGCGCUGCUCUGCGCCGACGGCCAUGUCGUCACCGGCUGCAACGUCGAGAACGCCUCGUACGGCCUGACCAACUGCGCCGAGCGCACGGCCGUGUUCCGCGCCGUGGCCGAGGGCCGCCGCCGGUUCUCGGCCGUCGCCAUCGCUGCCGAGAUGGGCGACGUGUUCGUCGGCCCGUGCGGCGCCUGCAGACAGGUGCUGGCCGAAUUCAAUCCGGAGAUGCCGGUGAUCCUGGCGAAACCGGACGGCCAGACCAAGAGGACCAGUAUGAAAGAACUGCUGCCGAUGCCGUUCCUCCCGAAGGACGUUCCUUUCAAGAAGUGACGCUCGCGCGCGAUGUGAGGAAACAUGGCCCCCGAUGGUCUUCAGGCGGCGUGCCUGUGGUGCGCCGCUGUUUCCGCGUCCGCUCUGCCUGUGAUGUGGCGCAGCGUGGGAGGGGCCUCAUCCUGGUGACAGCGAGCGCAGGGGGAACCCCGCGCCGGAAUCUCGGCGGUCUCCGCGUCACGCAUCUGUAAAUACAACUGCCGCUAACGGCGCCACAGUC